AACAGGCCGCAAUGAAAUCUGCUCUCAGGCCUUCAUGAAGAUGAUGCUCGAGUGUGGGUGUCGUAUGAGCCGUGAUUUGAGCCGUUACCGCCGGCAUUCGCGGGAGACGCCAAGGCUGCUCAUUGUAUGGGUUACGUAAGGGAAUUUGCCAAGUUGAAGCGUUCAUUCGCAGACAUAAGCGUGUGAUCGAUCCUUAAUACGGAGAUUUUACGCCCUCAGUGAAGAGCGGGGGUGUCUCUACGAUCCUACAGCUUACUUUCACAGCAUAAUGGGAAGAAGGGAUCAUUUGUGCUGUCGAGCAGCAUAUUCAGCAUUUUACGGGUUGCAAUUUGUUGCACUCUACUGCCCUCUAUUCGGUGUAUCAAUGUGGCUGGAUGCGUUUUCGUGGAACGGCCUGUACCGAACUUUAAGGUGUCCUUUCUUGGCUAGGUACCGAGGUAACAACGGCCUCGGUGAGUGAGAGGAUCGUG